AUGUCAUCACCCCCGCAUUCUCGCCCGUUCCAACGCCUCUUAAUUGCGAACAGAGGCGAAAUUGCCGUGCGAUUAUUUCAGGCGGCACGGGAAUUGCCCAGUGCUGUUGAGACAUUCGGCCUGUACACCCACGAUGAUCGGUCGCAUUGCGAUUUGGGUCAUCCCCACCAUUUAAUAGAGAUACCAUCCGCAACUUCUUAUUUAGACAUCUCGCUCCUUGUUGACAUCGCUCGCAAAAACGCGAUCGAUGCUGUCCAUCCUGGCUAUGGAUUUCUCAGCGAGAGUGCCGAGUUCGCUCAACGCAUGUGGUCCGAGGCUGGCGCUGUAGUGAUCGGACCUGGCCCCGAGAAUCUCGCCAGAACUGGAGACAAGCUUCAAGCUAAGGAGCUCGCUCGGGAGUGCAGUGUCCCGGUACUAGCAGCUAUGUCAUCACCGACUUCUAAUGAGAACGAGAUUCGCGAUUUCAUCAAACAGGUCGGAUUUCCUGUGAUGAUCAAGGCCGUGGAUGGGGGUGGUGGCCGCGGCAUCCGACUCGUCAGAGAGGAAGCAGAGCUGAAAAACGCCAUUCAGCGCGCUCUUGGCGAAUCACCUUCCCGGACCGUUUUCGUGGAGAAGGCUGCGGUUGACGGGUUUCAUCACAUUGAGAUUCAGGUGAUUGGCGACGGCACUGGCCAAGUACGCCAUCUCUGGGAACGAGACUGCAGUGUACAGCGACGGUUCCAGAAAGUUGUGGAGUUUGCACCCGCGUUGAUCCCCAAUCGGCAAUUGAUUUCAAGGGUGAUUGAAGCGGCCUUGAAAAUGGCAAGCAAGAUUCGAUAUCGCUCGUUGGGCACAUUUGAAUUCCUGGUCAGCCAGAACAAAGAGGAAUUCUUUUUCUUGGAAAUCAACCCACGCCUUCAAGUCGAACACACCAUUACCGAAUCGAUCAGCGGGAUUGAUCUAGUCCAGACACAACUUUUGCUGGCACAAGGGAAAGCUUUCCCAGAUAUCGGUCUUGAAGACGCUGGCAAUAGCAACACUCAGCCUCCGGCGAAAUGCCAUUCCAUACAGCUUCGUGUCUGCGCAGAAGACCCAAAGAACAACUUCACACUCAGCAUAGGCAAAGUCACGGAUUUCACAGUUCCCAGCGGUCAUGGCAUUCGAGUUGACACACAUAUCAACACUUCUGGGACCGCGUCAUUGAUUGUAGGGUCCAGCUUUGACAACCUCUUAGCCAAGAUUAUAGUGACAGGGUCUACGUGGGAAUCCACUGUUCGCAAAGCUCAGCGUGUUCUAGCCGACACGAAAGUCUCCGGGAUCAAGACAAAUCUCAGCCUUCUGAGAGGUAUUCUGGCGCAUCCCAAUUUCACAGCUGGCCACGCAGACACGCAAUGGCUCGGGUUGACACUGGACGAGGCACAGCAGCUUGGCGAGCGAGCCUCUCAAGAAAUUCCAGAACACAGUUUUGCUGCUCGCUCUGUACAGAGCUCGGGCACCGCAAAUGGACCGACGUCGUCCAAUUUACUGUUCCGCAAAGGGGAUGCUUGGUCACUUUCACUUCAACCCCUUGGAAACGAGAACUUGUCGGCACCAGACAAGAUUGCACAUCAUCUCAAGCUUUCACGAGUCCUACGAAAUGACUUUCCUAACUCAUUGACUGCCGAGAUUGAGUACACGACUCCGAAUUCACAGACGGCCGUCCCGUAUCGUCUACAUCUUGAGUCAACCACAACGGCGGCUUCCGCACUUGUCUCUUCGUCCAACCGACGUGGAGAGCCAAAUAAUCCGCAGCACAUCGUGCUUCCGCUCUCAGGAAAACUCAUUGAAGUCCUCGUUUCCAAGGGCGAUGUCGUUGUGCAGGACCAGGUCUUGGCUUUCGUGAGGCAGAUGAAAAUGGAGCUGGAAGUGCGUAGCCCGCGCGCGGGAACAGUCCAGUGGGCCUUUGAAAUGCAAGAGGAAGAGGAAGACGUUGCGGAAGGAAUGCUUCUAGUGGAGCUUACCACGGAGAAGGAGGAAGGCAGUCGAAUCAAAGGAAAACUGUAG